UCGCUUUUAAAAAGCCGUGCCACCAACUGGUCUGCCGUUGCAAAAUGAUAAAAAGUGCCGUAUAAUGAUUUUAAUCGUAAAAAAGGUGUUUCUCGGAGCUUGACGUCGGAGUGGUCGAGGUUGUGUUAAAGAUUAGACCAGACCCAAUGUAUUUAGAUGCUGCACGCAUACAUAAUGCUAUAUUACACGCAGAUCUAGCAGAUAAACUCUUUAUUUAUGUCUGUUCUUGAGGGGUAAUGUUAGUAACACGUGGAUAUAUCAGAUCUAGACGGAUCGCUUGCAUGUAUGUGCAGAAAUAGGCGAUGCAUUGCAAUGGAUUUCAAUGGAUCUGCCUAUUGCAACAAGCUCUUAGGAGAUCACAAGGUUUAAUGAUUAACUUCCUCACUAGUCUCACCUGGUCUGAUCAGUGCCGAUAACCUACCUGCAGAAGAACAAAGGCCAUUAUUUUUAUGCAUAUUGCUGGAAAGCAUGCAAAGAGUGCUGCAGUGAUGUUGGACUGAAGGUCUUUGGGACUUUGCAUAGAUCAGACUGCUGUAGUUUUUACAUAUUGAUAAUUUCCCUAGAGAUCCAAGUACUAUUUGUUUGCAUAUCUAUGCUGUUUUAAAGAUAUUUUUUCAUUUUCAAAAGUGAUUCAAAUGUUGCAUCUGAGGGGUGCAGGGAUUUAAUUUCUGUGUACUGCAUAUAUGUCCAUAUUAAUUGCUUUAAUUACAUUGUAUUAGCCAAUAUAUCACAUAUAUUAUCAGUCAUUUUUGACCGGUGACAUUUUUUUCUAGUCAUCUAGCCACUAUUCACACAAUGCAGCUCCAAUCUAGGUUUCAAGCUUUAGAGGUGCAGUCAGUAACUUUUGUUUUUGUGUCAUCUUGGACUUACACUGACACCUAGCGGCUUGGAUGCAGCAUAAUUUAAAAUCAAUAGUUUUCGGUUUCAGAUGCCAUUGUAGAAAUUUAGUAUUCACAGUCAGCCAUGAUUACUUUAAUCAAUGAGUGAAAGUGUCAAAUAACAGGACGGUUACUGAGAUAAAGCGAGUAGUAUUCGGCUGGUCAUGUGAUUCUAACAUGGCAGCCCCCAUGAGCGGACCCUCUCCAUGUAGAAUAAAACAGCUUUUAUAAGGUUACUGAAAUGACUGGAGUCUUAAUUUUUAUGUGCUCGACUCUCCAUUUCUGAUGUUUGCUGUGGAAGUCGGAGCUUGAGACUAUGAAACACAGAAGACCUUCAGACCAACCCUAUUCAUGUGAAAUCCUCUGAAACUCGAGAACUGUUUUAGAUGAAUCGCUUUCUAUGUAGCCUAGCUGUUUGUGCAACCUGAGAUCGGUUGAACUGUUUACCAGUGCUGAAGGAAAGGCUUAAUCCCAAAUCCUUCUAGAGAGCGCUAAGACACUGCCUGACUCGGAUCUGACGGGAUUAACAUCAUAUUAGAUUUGUGAGACGAGAGGAAGAACACCUGCUCGAUUUUGCGGGCAAAUCCAGGCCACACUACUCCGGGUUUGCCCGCUUUCUGUAUCUCGUAUGCAAGACGCCACCUUCCACUGUCAAAUUUAUGCACUUCCCAGAAUCGGCUCUUGUUUAUAAACUAAAUUCAUUCAGAAUCAAGGUCAAUUGUCCUUGAGAGCAAAAAGGGACCUGUUUGGCCCCCAAAUAUUAACACUAAAGACUUAAUUUUUGAUUUUUGAUACAUUUAUGACAUCAAAAGUAUAGUGGAAAAGCAAGUGCUAAAAAGCAUAUCUUUAUCGGUGGUGUCCAAGAAGGCCUCUUAGCUGAGCCGGAUAAAAAAAUCAAAAUUUAAAAGAGAGGACAUACUGUGCCAGGUCGUUUUUAUUUCACUCUGGUCCUUUUUCUGCUUGGUGGAAACUGUGAUGGCUCCUCGGCCAACUCAGACAGGAGCGACCGCUGCUGUGUGAAGGACUACCCUCAACACGCAUCUGUCAGAUAAGCACAGAAGGAUGAAACUGAAGAAGCAGGUGACCGUUUGCGGUGGGGCCAUCUUCUGUGUGGCCGUCUUCUCCCUGUACCUGAUGUUGGACCGAGUCCAGCACGAUCCCGCCAGGAGACAGAGUGCUGGGAACUUUCCGAGAAGCCAGAUUUCGGUGUUGCAGAACCGCAUUGAACAGCUUGAGCAGCUCCUUGAGGAGAACCAUCAGAUUAUCAGUCACAUCAAAGACUCGGUGCUGGAGCUUACGGACACAGGUGCCAUCUCUCCCAGUGGACACCUCCCCUUCCGCAGCGCCAACGGCUCCUGGGUACUGCCGUUUGAUGGCAGGCCCACCUUCCUUUCUGUGAAGCCACAAGAUUGCCAGUUCGCACUGGGCCGCAGGAGACAGACUGACCUGCAGAUGCUGGAUGUAUAUUCCCUGCUCAGCUUUGAUAAUGUGGACGGUGGUGUUUGGAAACAAGGUUUUGAAAUCACCUACGACCCCAGUGAAUGGGAUGAAGAAACCCUGCAGGUGUUUGUGGUCCCUCAUUCGCACAAUGAUCCAGGAUGGAUCAAAACAUUUGAAAAGUACUACAAUGACCAGACCCAGCAUAUCUUCAACAACAUGGUAGUAAAGUUGGCCGAAGACCCCCGCAGAAAGUUCAUCUGGUCUGAAAUAUCCUUUUUUGCAAAAUGGUGGGAAAGUGUUGAUAUCCAUAAACAAGAAGCAAUGCGCAAACUAAUCCUGAGUGGACAGCUUGAGAUGGUGACGGGAGGCUGGGUCAUGACGGACGAAGCCAACGCUCACUAUUUCGCCAUGAUAGACCAGCUCAUCGAAGGCCAUCAGUGGCUGGAGAGAAAUCUUGGUGUGACCCCUCGCUCGGGAUGGGCCGUGGACCCGUUCGGUCACAGCGCUACAAUGCCUUAUCUGCUGAAACGGGCCAACAUAAGUAGCAUGCUGAUCCAGAGGGUCCAUUACUCAAUCAAGAAGCACUUUGCUGCCACUCGGAGUCUUGAGUUCAUGUGGAGACAGACCUGGGAUCCUGAAUCGGGGACAGACAUGUUCUGCCACAUGAUGCCGUUUUAUAGCUAUGACGUGCCUCACACCUGCGGGCCUGACCCAAAGAUCUGCUGCCAGUUUGAUUUUAAGAGACUUCCAGGAAGCCGAGUCAACUGCCCGUGGAAGGUGCCGCCCCGAGCCAUCACUGAUGCCAAUGUGGCAGAGAGAGCUGGUGUUCUACUUGAUCAGUACCGCAAAAAGUCCAAGCUUUUCCGUAGCAAAGUGUUGCUGGUUCCUCUGGGUGAUGACUUCCGCUAUGAUAAAGCACUGGAGUGGGACCAGCAGUACUUCAACUACCAGAAACUGUUUGAUUACAUGAAUUCCCACCCAGAAAUGCAUGUGAAGGCCCAGUUUGCAACACUGACAGACUACUUUAAUGCUGUGUACAAGGCUAAUGGUGUUGCCCAGGGGACGAGACCACCUGAUUACCCCGUACUAAGUGGAGACUUCUUCGCCUACGCGGACAGAGAGGAUCAUUAUUGGAGUGGAUACUACACCUCACGGCCCUUCUACAAAAACCUGGACCGUGUGUUAGAGUCUCACCUCCGAGGCGCAGAGAUUCUCUAUAGCUUGGCGGUGGCACACGCGCGGCAUGCAGGCAUGGAAGGACGUUAUCCUACAUCAGACUACUCCCUCCUCACUGAUGCUAGGAGAAAUAUAGGGCUCUUCCAGCACCAUGACGCCAUCACAGGCACUGCCAAGGAAGUUGUGGUCAUCGACUAUGGAAACAGGUUGUUACGUUCCCUGGUUGGUCUGAAACGAGUGAUCAUUAACGCUGCACACUUCCUCGUAAUGAAGAACAAAGACAUUUAUCGCUUCUACCAGACAGAGCCAUUUUUAGAGACGGAUGACAGACGUGCCACACAGGAUUCUCUUCCACAGCGCACACUUAUAGAGUUGGAAUCAUCUCCAAGGUAUCUGGUGCUUUUUAACCCAGUUGAGCAGGAGCGUCUGUGUUUGGUGACCGUGCUGGUGAACUCGGCCAGAGUGAGGGUGCUCACAGAAGAUGGGCAGACAUUACCGGUUCAGCUCAGUGCGCAGUGGGCAUCCGCUGUUGAGAUGAGUGGAGAGGUCCUCCAGGCCUCUUUCAUGGCACGCCUCCCUGCUCUGGGAUUGGCCAUCUUCCACCUGUACGAUUCAGCCGACUCCCCCAUGACUCUGCGCUCUGAUACGUUGCUGAGGAUUCCAGGGCGGGUUCAAAGCAUAAGAGGGUUGGACCCUCUUCCUGUGCGAUCGCAGACAGCAGAUGCCCAACCUCUCUAUAUUCAGAGCCAGUCUCUUACGCUGGGCUUCUCUGGAACCACUGGCCUGCUGGAGAGUAUUCGACGUAAAGACGACCCUCAGGAGGUCAGAGUACAGAUUCAGAUCCUCACUUAUGGAACUCGACCCUCCAAGGACAAAAGCGGGGCAUAUCUCUUCCUACCGGAUGGAAAUGCCAAGCCCUAUUCCCAGCGAGAAGCUCCAAUAGUGCGUGUGGUGGAGGGUCCGCUCUUUGCGGAGGUGGUGACACAUUACCAGCACUUUCAGCAGACGGUCCGCAUUCAUAAUGUUCCAGGAGUAGAUGGACUGUCUUUGGACAUCACCACCAUGGUGGACAUCAGAGACCAGAAUAACAAGGAGCUAGCCAUGCGCCUUGUCACCGACAUCCAGAGUGAAGACACUUUCUACACAGAUCUCAAUGGCUUCCAGAUGCAGCCUCGACGGUACUUCCAGAAGCUUCCAUUGCAGGCUAAUUUCUACCCCAUGCCCACCAUGGCCUACAUUCAGGACAGCCAGUACCGGCUCACACUCCAUACGGCCCAGGCUCUGGGGGUCAGCAGCCUGGCAAGUGGUCAACUUGAGGUGAUUCUAGACCGUCGGUUGAUGCAGGAUGAUAACAGGGGUUUGGGGCAGGGCCUGAAAGACAACAAACGAACGGCAAACCGUUUCCGCCUUCUGCUUGAGAGGAGGAGCAGUAGUGGAAAGCCGGUGGAAAGCAGACCGGUCAGUUUCCCAUCACUGCUUAGUCACAUGACCUCCGCCAUCCUGAACCAUGAGGUGCUGGCAUUGCCCGUCUUGCCCAGGAAACAUGGCGUGCCCCCCCUUCGCACCUUUGCCCCAUUGGCUAGUACCCUGCCCUGUGACUUCCACUUGCUCAAUCUAAGGAGCAUCCAGAGUCCGCAGGAUGCUCACUCUCCAUCACCCUAUACGGCUCUACUUCUCCAUCGAAUGGGUCUGGAUUGUGGUCUGGAGGCCCAAAAUCCCGGUUUCAACUGCACCACCACACAGGGCCAGCUCUCCGUUCCUGGACUUUUCCGUGGGUUGGAUCUACAUCUGCUACAGCCCAUGUCUUUAUCUCUGAUGCACUCUCAGCCUCCGCUCUCCAACGACUCCUCCAUAAGUCUGGAGCCAAUGGAGAUCUCCGCCUACAAGCUCAAGCUGUGCUAAAAUGGGAUCUCACUAGAACCGCGCUCUCCAUGUGGACCCUCGGAGCCUGUGUCAGCUAAAGCAGAGAGCCACAGCUGGAUGAGCAGAAGACUCAGUCUGGUAUAGUCUGGAAUAACAAUCUCCGACAAAGGCGCUAAACCCUCUCAAAAUUAAGAAAAGGAAACGAGGAUGCGGGUGUUCCAGCCAAAUUCGAGAUUUGGUAAUCCACGCUGUGCGCCAAGAUAAGAGAUAUGAGAAUGUCUGCCUGCAGGUGUUUUUUUUUUUUUUUUUUUUUCAGACAGUGUUACUCAGUCAACAUCUUUUUAUUCCAGCAUUGCUGGCUUUCUGUUUUUCUUGUCUUUGGCUGGAACCACUGACCUCUCUGUCUCACAUCGGCGCCUCCCAUCCCUUAAUGGAUUCUUCUUAACCUUCUGUCACUCUUGGACUUCGUACUGUAUGUAAAUACAGCAAGACUAUACAACUGGAUCUAUACAAACUUGUGGGACUCAGUGCAAUAUGUGAUGCUUCUCAUGCCGUUUUUUCAUUUGAUUUAUUUUAUUCUUUUAAUCUGUCAUUGUUGUUAGAGAUCACGCCUUUUCUUUCUCUUCUAAUGUGGACGGUUCUGCUUACAGUAGCCGCAUUUUUUCUAUGAAUGUCAGUCACCACAAUCAGCCUGCGACAGCUAUCAAUGCUGUAACAAACUCUGCUUUUAAGGGUUUUUUCCCUCAGAAAGAAUGGCCUAUUGACAAUUCACUCACAGCAGAAGAUGUGUGGUUAGGGCUAGUUCUUUCAUCAGUCAGCUCUUUCUUAGUUGAGGCCUCAAAUCACACAAUAUGACGAGAGCCAACAUUUUCAAUCUUUUCCUUCUCCAUUCCGCAAUUUCGGGAACUCCUUGUUAACAAAAUGGUUUUUUUUUACAUUCUUUUUUUGUUUGCCAUUUCCAUAAUGUGUCAGAAUGUGUGCUUAUACUUUAUAAUCUUAUAUGCAGGUUUGAGCCGUAUAAAUAAAAUCAGUUAGCCCAUAAGAACUAUAUCUGGAUCAGGCAUCAAAUAUAUACAGCAUUGUCUUUUUUUCAAGGCGUCUGAUCCUAGAUCCGCCUGAGGGCUAGGGUAUACUUCGUUUUCUGCGUGCAUUUCCGACCAGCGCACUAUCGAGCACUCAGCCUUUCAAAAUAUACUCAUUUGACUGCGGGCCCAUAUGGAGGCAGGUGCAUGCACCGACAGUCCGCAUGUCUAGAAAAACUAGGCUCCACUUAUACAGUCAGCAUGUACUGAGCUGAUGGCGAAAUUUGCAUCAUGUGCGUGAGACGUACCGGCACACGAAAAACUGAAGUAUACUUUGGCCUUUAUUCUGGGUUCAAUACAAGUUAAUUUAAAUCGACAGCAUUUGUGGCAUAAUAUUGAUUGCCACAAAAAUGUUAUCUUGAUUAAUUAUUUAUGCUGUCAAUUGAGCUUAACGAUUGAGUAUAGAACCCGGAAUGUUCCCUAAAGAGUGUACCUAAACAUCACUACAUAUAAGGAGGGUUCUACGUUUGCUUGUAUACCUUCUUGCAGUAUUUUCAGGUAAACAGAGCAUUAUUUGUGUCCGAUUUAAAAAUGUAUAGCCCAGUGCGGGCUGUUUUUCCUCAAAGUGACAGGUUUCUGCACUCAGAUUUAGCCAAUUCCUGCACUAAAUUAGCUUUUCAGCUGUGGUUUACCAUCGAAAAUGCUUUAAAUUCAAGAGCCAGGCCUUAUCUUGCUAUAGGAAACCUGUCCGCAAUGUGUAGCAGACCCAUCUCAGUCCCUUCUAGCUUUUGUCGGUCACCUCAGUAGCUUAAAUCAGACAGACAACAUUCUCGUGUUUAGAAUUGUCUGUCAAACUGUCAUGUUGUCUCGUGUCUUACCCUCCCAGCCUGUCUGUCUCCCCCAGGAAACCUUUAUCACAGGCUAGCCAGAAUGAUUUAAACUACAGAAAAAUAUUCUGUCUUCUCUCAAUUUAAACUGUCUUCGUGGUGCAUUCAUUGUGCUCUACAUCAGUCAGACCAUUAACUGACUUUCCCAGCUAAUCAAAUUUGAAAGUAGCAUCCUAUCAAGCAAGAUAAUUCCCCUGCUCACUCUGAGUAUGACUGGCGUUUGAGAGCCAAACGUCUGUCGAAUUGCUUUGGAACUGAUUUGCGGUUUGGCUUCCGACGCAGGGUUUUGUGGUUAUUCCAGAAUGUCCUCUCCGGUAAUUUUGCCUCUACCAAUUCAUAUUCUCUCUCCGUGCAUAUCACUGCCAUGCUGCUUUGAUUAUACACAUUGCACUCAGCUGUGAAAACAGAUUUCCUUGUAGUUGUCCCUUAUUUGUGUAGUCUGUUCUGAGAUAGAAAUGAUUUUUCAUUUGUUCUUGCGUCAUAUGUUCUUUUUUUAUUUUCUGAGGAAAUGCAAUGACAGUGAAUUUGAGAGAUUUAAUAUAUUCUUUCCCCUCCAAAAUGCAAAGAAAUCUAAGUGGACAUUUAAUAAAGAUAUUAUGCUAAAACAA